AUGUCUCAACGAAUCCACCUCAACCCCAACGCUCAAAGGCAACAGCCCAUGAUGGGUAUGCAAGGUGGUGGUUACACGCCUGACCCAAUCUCCAGACCAUCCAAUUCAGCUUCGUACGGUGCAGGAGGGAACGAUGAUCUGCUGGGUAAGGUUCAAGCGUACACUAGCAAGGUCGAGGAUAUGAUUGAGGCUUAUACUCAGCCAAUCAGACCUUAUGUACCUGCCAUGGCUAGAUUCCUGAUCGUCGUCACUUUCCUGGAAGACGCUCUCAGAAUCAUGACUCAAUGGUCUGACCAACUUUGGUACCUCCAAAAACAUAGACACUUCCCCUGGGGUUUAUCUCAUCUCUUCCUCCUUAUCAACGUCUUUGCAAUGUUGGCAGGCUCAUUCGGUGUGAUCGGCAAGAAAUAUCCUGAUUACUCUGUAUUCUGUCUACUCGGCGUUGUAGUCGCUCAAGGUCUCGGUUACGGACUUCUCUUCGACCUUUCAUUCUUCCUCCGAAACUUAUCUGUCAUCGGUGGUCUGCUCAUGGUCUUAUCUGAUUCAUUGCAAAAUAAGAAAAAGUUGUUCGCUGGUUUACCUAGUAUAAGUGAGACUGAUAGAAGGAAGUACUUCCAACUUGCUGGUCGAAUCCUGUUGAUUUUCCUAUUCAUCGGAUUUAUCUUCCAAGGAUCAUGGUCUUUCGCUCGAGUCAUCGUAUCGAUCGUAGGAUUAGGAGCAUGUAUAAUGGUUGCUGUGGGAUUCAAAGCUAAAUGGAGUGCUACCUUCCUCGUCGUAUUGUUAUCGGUCUUUAACGUAUUCAUCAAUAAUUGGUGGUCUGUACAUUCCGCUCAUCCUCAACGGGAUUUCCUCAAAUAUGAUUUCUUACACAAUGUAUUAGCUAUCGUCGGUGGUCUCCUCUUACUUGUCAAUAUUGGCCCAGGAGGAUUCUCAGUCGACGAGAAGAAGAAGGUUUACUAA